CCGCCGGCCGGUUGGGAGGAGCUUGUCCCGUGGCAAAGUUUUCCGCGCAUCGCCUCGCCACUCGCAGCGAGCCUCAGCCACGCCGGCACGGCCAUGGAGCUGGCCAUCGCCGUGAGGCUGUACCUCGCCCUGGCCCUGUGUGGACUAGUGCUCAGCGCAGGCAACAGGUGCCCCUAUCAAGAUGGAUUCAAAAAGUUCCGCUGUGACAACGGCGAGUGCACCCCCGCGUCGUGGGUGUGCAACGGGGUGGUCGACGGCUGCAAGGACGGCAGCGAUGAGAAAGCGUCCAAGUGUGACAGUGUCCCGUCGACGAAACUGUCCGUCGGCCAGAGGGUGACCGUGCGCGUGCACUACAAGGAGGAGUUCGGCCCCGUCGAGUUCCACCUGUGCGACGGCGGCCAAUGCAGCAGGCUGUGGGUGCCUGGCGCCGUGCCGGGCGGACAGCUCACGUUCAGCGCCUUGACAAGGUGCAACGCGCGAGGCCGCUACUGCUCCGGCGGCAACUACAACAGCGGGGCGCGGCCGGCGGAGCACUUCCGCAGCGGCUACCUGGUGUUCGAGGCGGAGCGGCGCGCGGGCCAGCUCGCAGUGUGGCUGCAGGGCCACCCCGACAAGGUGGCCACGCUGCCCGCGCCCUCGGCCAGCAGCGACACGCUCAACGUGCGGCCGGACCACUGGAACAACGACAUGCCCGCCGCUUUCAUCAAUGACACCUGCGACUACGAGGACGGGUUCAAGAAGUACCGCUGCAACAGCGGCGAGUGCACCCCCGCCUCCUGGGUGUGCAACGGCGACGUGGACGGCUGCAGUGAUGGCAGCGACGAGAUUGCGGCCAUGUGCGACAAAGUGCCGACGAAAACCCUGUCCGUCGGCCAGAGGGUGACCGUGCGCGUGCACUACAAGGAGGAGUUCGGCCCCGUCGAGUUCCACCUGUGCGACGGCGGCCAAUGCAGCAGGCUGUGGGUGCCUGGCGCCGUGCCGAGCGGCCAGCUCACGUACAGCGCCUUGACGGGCUGCAACGCGCGAGGCCGCUACUGCACCGGCGGCAACUACAACAGCGGGGCACGGCCGGCGGAGCACUUCCGCAGCGGCUACCUGGUGUUCGAGGCGGAGCGGCGCGCGGGCCAGCUCGCAGUGUGGCUGCAGGGCCACCCCGACAAGGUGGCCACGCUGCCCGCGCCCUCGGCCAGCAGCGACACGCUCAACGUGCGGCCGGACCACUGGAACAGCGACAUGCCCGUCACCUUCGGAGAUGUUUCCACUGUGUCGCGAAGACCAGCGGGCGCUGUUAUCGUUCCCUUUGAAGGUGUUGCACAAUGCGGAUUCGCGUCCGCGAGCGGCCAAGCGUUCAUCGUGAAAGGCAAGAACGCGUCCCUGAGCGAGUUCCCCUGGCACGCCGGUCUGUACGUGGCGUCCGUUCAGGUGUGCGGGGGCUCCUUGGUCCUCCCCCGUGUCAUUGUCACUGCGGCGCAUUGCCUCUUCACGAAUGGCCAGUAUGGCAGCCAGUUGGACGCGAACGACCUUCAAGUUUCAGUCGGCAGUCCUUUCCGAGAUUGGGACCGAAGCACUCCCGAAGCACAGCGCCGAAACGUGUCCCGGCUGGUGCCGCAUCCCCGCUACCGCGGCUUCCCGCGCAACUACGCCGACGACAUAGGCCUCGUGGUGCUGCAGUCGCCCGUCGACUUCAACGCGUACGUGGUGCCCAUCUGCGUGGACUGGGUCGGCAGUGCCGUGCCGAGGCCGUCGGAAAACAGCGUCGGCAAGGUGGUUGGGUGGGGCCGCACGGAGGACCGGUCGCCGAGCCCCGUGCUGCAGUCCGCGGAGCUGCCCUUCAUCCCGUUCGACAAGUGCGCCGCGGCGGUGCCCUCCACCUUCCUGCCCUUCCUCACCAACGACAAGUUCUGUGCGGGCCAUGUCGACGGUGCCACCGUCGCCCCGGGAGACAGCGGCGGAGGGCUCGCGUUUCAGCACGGAGACCGCUGGUUCUUGAUGGGGAUCGUUUCGGUGGGCGUCCCUCGCAAGCUCUCCUACUCGGCCUUCACCGACGUGCACGAGUACCGGUCGUGGCUCAACGAAGUGGUGAAACCUUUCGCGUAGGUCGCGAAGUCACCAGUCUGGAAUAGUACCAGGCCAACAGGCAGAGGCCGUCUGAAGCUCCCAUCUUUCCAGAGCCUUCACAACCCAUGGUGACGAAUUGAAAAAGACUGAAUACUAUCCCCUUUUGAUUCUAUCUGCACUGUUAAAACAAAGUCAUAAACAUAACGCCCUUCAGGGCAUAAAAAUUACGCCCUUUAGGGCAUAAAUACUCUUUUACGCCCUUAAAGGGCGUACAUCGUUUUAUGCCCUUGGUGAUGAUAUAGGAAUCUUAAGCAAAAUUUUAAUGCCCUUCCAAAAGACAUUAACGAUUCACGCCGCUCCACCUUAAAGGGCAUAAUUUUAAUGCCUUUGUUUCGCCAGUGUGUUUAUGUACAACAUUAAUACUAAAUGUACGAAACAGAUUCUUUGCUCAAUCAACAAAUUUUAUUAAUAUACAAAGUUUAUCUUUUAUAA